GGCCGGGGCCAUGGUGGGGGAGGCUCGGGCCGCGGCGGCUCUGGGGGGUCCCGGGCGCCGUAACCAGGAACGUCCCACUCUGGCGGCGGCGGGCGGAAAGUACAGAUAAAAAUGGAAAAAAGGCGUCCCUCCAGACUGACACUGCUGCCUAAGGCCACAGCAGCCACGCAGAUGGAAGCAUUUCUGCUAGAUGAAGGGACCGAGUAAGAUGCACAGCUGGCAAAAGGGCCUCCAGUCUCUGGAAGGAGUUUGAAGAAAUACUGCCUGAGUGUUUCUGAGCGUUGCUCUGCUUUUAAGUGCUCAGCAUGUCUUGGCUGCUCCAGCUCUGCAUGCUCUGACCAUGAGCAGCAAUUCCUCCCUCGGCAUCGUGAAGGGCCUGAGGAACCUCACCACGCAGGAAGAUGGGGCAGUCAGAGUCACCGAGUCCAUUGCUAUCAUCGUCAUUGCUAUUUUCAUCUGUUUGGGCAACCUGGUGAUUGUCGUCACCCUGUAUCGGAAGUCUUACCUUCUCACGUUGAGCAACAAGUUUGUGUUCAGCCUGACCCUUUCCAACUUUCUGCUCUCUGUACUGGUGCUGCCUUUUGUUGUCACCAGCUCCAUCAGGCGAGAAUGGAUCUUCGGAGUUGUUUGGUGCAAUUUCUCAGCCCUGCUCUACAUGCUGAUCAGCUCAGCCAGCAUGCUGACCCUUGGACUCAUAGCUAUAGACCGGUACUAUGCUGUCCUGUACCCGAUGGUUUACCCAAUGAAGAUAACGGGCAACAGAGCAGUGGUAGCUCUUGUGUACGUGUGGCUGCAUUCCCUUAUUGGUUGCCUCCCUCCUCUUUUCGGCUGGUCGUCUUUAGAGUUUGACCAGUUCAAGUGGAUGUGUGUGGCGGCCUGGCACAAAGAGGCCGGCUACACUGCCUUUUGGCAGAUCUGGUGCGCGCUGCUGCCUUUUGUGGUCAUGAUGAUCUGCUAUGGAUUCAUUUUCCGUGUGGCGAGGAUUAAGGCCCGCAAAAUCCACUGUGGUAGCGUCGUCAUCGUGGAGGAGGACUCGCAGAGGAAUGGGAGGAAAAACUCCAGUACCUCCACGUCCUCGUCUGGCAGCCGAAGGAAUGCUUUCCAAGGGGUCGUUUACUCAGCCAACCAAUGCAAAGCUUUCAUAACCAUCGUGGUUGUCAUCGGGGCUUUCGUGAUUACGUGGGGGCCUUACAUGGUAGUAAUUACAUCAGAGGCACUUUGGGGAAAAAACAGUAUUUCCCCUGCUUUGGAGACAUUGGCUACGUGGUUGUCCUUUUCCAGUGCCAUUUGCCAUCCGCUAAUUUAUGGACUGUGGAACAAGACAGUGCGCAAGGAACUGCUAGGGAUGUGCUUUGGGGAUCGGUAUUAUCGCGAGUCCUUUGUUCAGCGGCAGAGGACGUCGAGGUUAUUCAGCAUUUCCAACAGGAUCACAGAUUUGGGACUAUCUCCUCAUCUUACUGCCCUCAUGGCAGGUGGACGGCCAUUAGGAAACAGCAGCAGCACAGGAGACACAGGUUUCAGCUGCUCACAGGAUUCAGGAACAGAUACAAUGCUUCUUGAAGAUUAUAGCUCAGAUGGCCCUCAUGCCCCACACUGCAUCUGUCCUCCUCGACGGAGGAGUUCAGUGACAUUUGAAGAUGAGGUAGAGCAAAUUAAAGAAGCUGCAAAGAAUUCUGUUCUUCAUGUAAAAGCCGAAGUCCAUAAAUCUCUGGACAGUUAUGCAACCAGUCUAGCAAGAGCUAUUGAAGCUGAUGUGAAACUGAGCUUGUUUGGGGAAGAUGCUUUACCAGGAGCCCUGUUCCCGGUGCGGACUCUGCCAGGAGGCAGCACGAACACACGGCGUGGUGCCAGGCCCCAUGCCAGCCAAAGACUGAAGUUGCAGAGCAUCGAUGAAGGGAAUAUCUGACACCAGCACUGGAGUAAGAAAAGAGAACAAAACCACUAAGCAGGACCUAUUGCAGCUGUUAGUGUUUCAACAGAACCAGGAUACCUUGUGGGAAUGUUUUCAGUGUUUCUUCAACAUUUGAAAGCCAGCUGAAUUUUGGCACUUGCAUCAGCAUUUUACAGUAGUGUUUGUUUACUGUUUAGGGUGCUAUUGACUUUUCUGUGCCAUGUCUUUAUCACACAGUUCAUAGGAAUGCAGGGUUUGGUUUCGCUGACCAGAUCAUUAGUCUGUUGAAUCUUGGGUCCAUUAUUGGCCAAAGCUGAUAAAGGAAAAAAGCAGGAAAAGUAUGUGCAGUGUUUUAAUUUAUUGUUGUAUUCAUCGUCUUCUGAACACCAGGAUAAUCAGUUGAUACUUGAUAGCUGGAGUGCUCUGAUAGGAGCUUGUACAUGGGAUACUACAUACAGCCUUACUGUCACAGACUCCUAGAUGAGGAGCAUGGACUUUACUGAGGGCAAAACCUGAAUUUUUCAGAAAGCUCACGCAGCUUAUAGUCCCACUUACCUUUUGCUGGGGGAUAUUUCUGUUUGUUCAGCCAUCAGAAUGGCACAUAAGAUCUGGCAGUGGAUUGUGCAUUGCUUCAGAGGUACGGAGCACCAGCCUCCCUGGAUAUAGUGGGUGGGAGCAGACCUGUGCUGGAAAAGCAUAAAGAUGGUAUUUGAGGAAAUCGUUAAUGCAGAAUUCUUAGUUUCUCUGAGAACUUCAGCUCACGUCCCUGGUUUUGCUUUUACUAAAAGGGCACUCUGUGGCUGUGCUAAGCUUGACAGAAUAUAAACAAGAUAUUGCCACUUCAUAUUCAGGAUUCAUCUUUUCUAGAGAGAAAAGAGUUGUUUGGUGUUUUGGUUUUUUUUAGUCAUGAGGGAAUGUAGUAUUUAAGCUAUACUUACCUCAGUGCUUCUAUUUCUUGGAGUAUUAAUUAAUCUCAAAAAUAAGAACAUUUGGCACUUAUAUUGCACUUUGCAUGUUCUUAAGCACUGUACAGACAUUACCUUGUUAGGCCUUUGUGAGAAGGUUGAUCAGCCCUGCUUGCCAAAGAAGGGGAACUCAGCACAGUCAAGCUGCUGGCAGUGAAACAGUCUGCAAAGGUGGAAAGGUUUGUUAUGAAAAGAAGGAUUAGGUGGAUCAUACAAGUAUAGCCAGCUUCAGGAACCUUUCUGUGCCUUCCUGGGCUACCCCCUUCUGUACUUUGGAGGGGUUACAGCCCUGCCUUACUGCAUAUUUCAAGGAGAGGGAAACAAAAGUGAGCAGGAUAAUUCCUUGGGGGUGGGCAGUGAGUAGCAAAUGGACUUAAAAGACCAAGGAUUUGCAUUUGUUUACUCUGUGUCUGCUCCCCUGUGCCUUCACCUUUCCCCAGAAGUGGCUUGUAUGAGGUUUUGCUGGAGAUUGUUUGGAAAUCAAGAGUAGGAUGUUUCCAUCUGAGCAAAAACUGGGUGUAGACUUGUUAAGUUUUGUCUUUGUGUGAGUUAUUCAGAGACACAGAAGUGUCGUGAGGCAGAGCCUCGGUCCAGUACUGUAUUUAGACAUCCUAUUUGUCUGUGUUCCUGACUCAGAAAUGUAUUUCAGCACAAGCUUAUGUCCAUCUCUGGACAAAGCAACUUGACUUUAUGAACUUGCCUGAGUCCCAUUAAGUUCCCAUGCAAAAUAUAACUGCAUACUUAAAAUUCA